AUGCGGGUGCCAGACCUGCGCGGCAAGAUCCUGUUCACGCUGGCGAUGCUGGUCGUGUUCCGCUUCGUAGCGCAUGUGCCUGUGCCAGGCGUUGAUCCGCAAGCACUGUCGCAGGCGUUCGAGUCGCAGGCACUGCUCGGCUUUCUUGACUUGUUCAGCGGCGGCGCGCUCGCGAAUCUGAGCGUUGCGGCUCUGGGCGUGUACCCAUACAUUACAGCCUCCAUCGUGAUGCAGAUUCUGGUACCGGUAAUUCCAAACCUGAAGGCGCUGUCACAAGAGGGUGAGUACGGUCGGCAGAAAAUCAACCAGUUCACUCACUACCUUGCGGUGCCGAUUGCGGCGCUUCAGGGUUGGGGGCAGCUCACUCUGCUGCAACAAGCUGGCGUACUGCCGUCCAUAGACUUCGGUUUCAAUCUCCCCACACUUGCGAUGGUCAUUUCCAUGAUUGCGGGCACUAUGUUCCUGGUGUGGCUGGGUGAACUAAUCACGGAACGCGGACUAGGCAACGGCAUAUCGCUCAUCAUUUUCGGCGGUAUCGUAGCUCGCUUCCCACAGGUAAUUGGGCAGAGCUUCCUGAAUACCAAUCAGGGAGCGGGGAUUUUGCUCCUGGCAGUGUUCACAUUCGGCGUCAUCUACGCCAUUGUGCUAUUCACGGAAGCUCAGCGGCGCGUACCAGUUCAGUACGGUCGCAGCGUGUUUCGCGGCGGCAGAAUGCAGCGACAAUCCGGCUCCACAUUCCUGCCCCUGCGUGUGAAUUCGGCUGGCAUGAUUCCGCUGAUUUUCGCGUUCUCCAUCGUCAUCCUGCCGGGCACAAUUGCGAGCUACUUCAGAAAUCCUAUCGCGCAGUUCUUCGCUGACAGUCUCGACCCAUCUGCAUUUCCUUACUGGGCGCUUGUGUUCGUACUGGUGGUGAUAUUCACAUUCUUCUAUACACUCGUUACUUUUCAGCAGCAGGACCUUGCGGGCAACUUGCAGCGUAACGGCGGCUUCAUCCCGGGGAUUCGUCCAGGAGAACCAACACGGGAAUACCUUACUCGCGUCCUUGUACGUAUCACGUGGGGAGGCGCUUUGUUCUUAGGCAUUGUCGCCAUCCUGCCGUUCUUCGUGACCUACGCGACGGAUGUGCGUUCGCUCACACUCAGCAGCACUAGCCUGCUUAUCAUGGUGGGUGUAGCGCUGGAUACCAUGCGUCAGCUGGAGGCACAGCUGCUGAUGCGAAAUUAUGAGGGGUUCAUACGAUAG